AUGCAAGUGAUGCUUGAGAACUCAGCCACUUACUCUGAUGUCGAAUUCCAGGUUGGCCCCGACGGCGAGAGCUUCUUUGGCUUGAAGGCCAUCUACGCUCGAGCUUCCGAGGUCUUCUCGAAAAUGUUUUUUGAGGCAGGGUUUCGUGAACAGCACGAAACCUCUCCGCGCGUGGUGGUCAAAGUUGAAGACAUCAUGCCAACGUCAUUCCGACAACUGCAUCGUUGGGUGUAUGACAUGGAUGUGACUCUGACUUGGGAUACCGUGUUUGGUAUCCUUGAUGCUGCUCGCAAGUACAUGGUUGAGGACCUGGAGUUGCAGUGUAGGCGCUGGGUGGCCUUGGAGGCCAGAGAAGCAGCGGGGGCGGUUGGCCUUUUCUCUGCUGCAGCAGCUGGGCAGUGGUUUCAAUGGUCGCAAGCGCUGCGCAGCCGUGUGGAGUCGUUUGGAGCAGCCGCGCUGGCGGCGUGCCCAGAGGCCACACGGCAGCUGCCCACUGACACUUUCAUGACACUCCUCACAAGCGAGGAUUUGUGUGUGGAGAAGGAGGAGGAGGUUUUCGAGGCCGUUCAGGCCUGGGCCGCUGCUGCAAACGAGCGCGGCGAGGAUCCGGCAGCAGUCUGGCAGAAGAUGGCCGAAUCCGAUGUCAUUCAUUUCCCUCUAUUGGACGUAAAGUUUUUCGCGGAGAACGUCGUUCUGCAAAAACGUUUGACACAGGAGCAAAGCCUAGUGGUCUUCGUCUCCAAAGCCAUGGGUAGCUAUCCGGCUCGACAAGCGAGCCUGUUGGCAAGGCUACAACUGAUACUCCGAGACUGCAGUGCCGAGGAUGCAACUUCGAUAAUUGACACCAUCCUCGAGCUCAGGCAAGAGAACACUUAUCCCCAAACACUCGCGCACUGCCUUGUACAGAAAGCUUUGGCUGAUUACGAGCACUGCAGCGAGUGGGUCAGCAUGUGGACCGAGCUGUGGGGGGCGCUCAGGGCUGAAGGCCUUCGAGAUGAAUGUGUUCGUGCUACAGUUGACUACUGUCAAAAUCUUUUUGAAGAAGAUCCUUCACCAGAAAAUUUGAUCGGUGUCUGGAUUUGCCCGUACGACACGCUCGGGCUUGUUCGUGUCCUUUGCAAACUCAACGACUCUAGAAAGCUUGCUGUGCUGCCGCUUAUCAAAGUGCUGGAAGCCCUUGUGCGUAAAGCUGAGGAGUCAGCACCACAAGGAGGCUGCACUUGUGACCCGGUUUCUGCGGCCACUGAACUAGCUGCGCACCUCGACAAGAUUCGAUCCCGAAACGGGCAUUUGACAGCUUUGCAAAAUUUGCGGAGCCUGCAACAGCGGCUGGAUGCCAUGAGCGGGCACAGGAAGGAGGAGAUGCUGUCACCCGACCAUCGUGAAGCCUCUGCCUCACCCAGAUCCUAG